AUGUCAGAAGCCAGCAGCACCCCUAACCAGGAUGCAGCCGCCAGUGGCAGCGCCAGCACGACUACUGCUGUUGCCAGUAGCACCAGCACCAACAACAGCACCGGCCUACCGCCGAAGCCGACGACGUACUCGACGGACCCCGCACUGUACAUCUAUACAUCGCUGACCGCCGGCUCGUCGCAUAUCGUCACGGCGACAUCACGACUCGAGACCAUCCUACGCGCCAAUCGCAUCCCCUUCAAGGCCAUCGACCUCGCCACUGACGAGAAGGCUCGCAUGCUAUGGGGGCGCCGCGCGGGCAAGGAUAAGAAGGGCCGCCAGCGCAAGCUGCCUGCGUUGGUGCAGAUGGGCAUGGUGUUGGGUGACAUCGUCGAGAUCGAGGAAUGGAAUGAAUACGGCGAGCUCAAGCAGCACGUCACCUUCUAUUACGACGAGUUUACCCAGCCCUCGCUGCAGCAGCACCAGGAGUGGCUCAAGAAGCAGGAGCAGCUCAAGCAGCAACGGCAACAACAGCAGCAACAAGCUAAGCCCGCCGCCCCCCCUGCCGCUCCUCCGGCUCCGCCGCCGCUCCCUGAGAAGACAUCCGCGACCACGACAACGACGAGCAAACCGACACCCGUCGCGACGAACCCUGCGGCUGCGGCUGCUGCUGCUGCUCUGCCUAUUCGCAGCAUAGCUGAGGAGGCUGCUGCUAAGGCGAAGCAGGUUCAAUUGCAAGCGUUGAGGGAGAAGGUCCACGGCAAAGCCGGGGCCAAGGCCGGGACGUCCGCUGUGACGACGGAGAAGACGUCAGAAGUGAAGGCUAUAAGUGAGGGAACGGAAGAGAAGGCUAAGCUGCAGGCUGGGAAGGAAAGCGAGGAGACAAAGAAGGAGGAGGAGAAGGAGGAGGAGAAGAAGGAGGACGAGAGCAUAGAUUAA